GCGACCCCGGACCCCCGCUGACUCUUGGCCGGCGCGGACUAGCCGCCGCCCUUUCUUCUUACCCCGGAGCCGUGGGCGUUGGAGCGGCUGCGAUGAACCCGGUGAAUGCCACUGCUCUCUACGUGUCAGCGAGCCGCCUGGUGCUCAACUACGACCCCGGCGACCCCCAGGCCUUCUCCGAGGUCACCAAGCUCCUGCCUUACUUCCGACAGUCCCUCUCCUGCUGUGUUUGCGGAAAUUUGCUACAGGAUCCUAUUGCUCCCACCAACUCCACGUGUCAGCAUUAUGUCUGCAAAACUUGUAAAGGCAAAAAGAUGAUGAUGAAACCAUCAUGUAGUUGGUGCAAAGACUAUGAACAGUUUGAGGAAAAUAAACAGUUGAGCAUUCUAGUGAACUGCUACAAAAAACUGUGUGAAUACAUAACACAGACUCCAUUGGCGCGAGACAUAAUACAAGCAGUUGACUGUUCUGCAGAUCUUUUGGCUUUGCUCAAAGAUGGAUCACCACUCCAUGAAGACACAGAAAACAUUUCUGAUGCAGCCAUGCCUUUGUGUUUGACACAUUCUCCAUUACCUUCAACCUCAGAACAUAUUAAUGAUCCUCAAGCUAGUUUUUCUUCAAUACCUGAAAGUACGCAUAAUAUUGAUAUUAGAAGUUCUGUUAUCAAUGGGUUGCCCAAUUGUAAUGGGCUUUCAGUGGAUAAACUUGGAGUAAAUAUUCCUUCCCCUGAACAUGCAAAUACAAUUGAUGUGUGUAGUACUGGAGAGUACAUAAAAACUGAGGAUAUCUCUAGCAGUCUUCAGCCUGUGUGUGACACAGUUUCUACUAGUGACUUGUGUACAUCAGGCCUUGACAUCUGCAGUUUCAACGAAGAUAUAAAACCUGGCUCGCUAUUGCUUAGUGUUGAGGAAGUUCUCCGAAGCUUAGAAACUGUUUCAAGCACUGAAGUCUGUGGUUCUGAUUUGCAGCCCAGCUUGGAAGCCACCGUAUCCAAUGGUCCUUUCCUGCAGCUUUCUCCCCCACCUCUUAGCCAUAAUGUUUUCAUGUCCACAGGUGCUUCUCCUCAUGGGAUCUCAUGUACAGCAGCAACACCUAAGGUAGUUAAGUUAAACCGGAAGCGAUCUCGAUCAGAAAGUGACAGUGAAAAGGUUCAGCCACUACCCAUUUCCAGCAUCAUCUGUGGCCCAACGUUGGGAGCAUCAGCUCCAGUAACAGUAAAACAGGAAAAUAAAAUGUCUUUGCAGCCUGUAGCAACUGUACCCAAUGGAGGCACUACUCCCAAAAUAAGUAAAACUGUACUCCUGCCUAAUAAAAGCAUGAAAAAGAAUCUAGAACAUGCCCCCAAGAAAUCUCACCCGAAAGCCAAACCAGGAAUACUGAAAACAAAAGACAAAGCAAAGGAAAAGGUUGCUAGCAGUAAUGUUAUGCCAGGAAGUCCGACAAAAACUGCAUACAAAAAGCCACAAGAAAAGAAAGGGUGUAAAUGUGGUCGCGCCACCCAAAACCCAAGUGUUCUUACAUGCCGUGGCCAACGCUGUCCUUGCUACUCUAACCGUAAAGCCUGCUUAGACUGUAUAUGCCGUGGCUGCCAAAACUCAUAUAUGGCUAAUGGGGAGAAGAAGCUGGAAGCAUUUGCAGUGCCAGAAAAGGCCUUGGAACAGACUAGGCUUACUUUGGGCAUUAAUGUGACAAGCAUUGUGCGCAGUGCCAGCACAAGCACCAGUGUAAUUAAUGUGACAGGGUCACCAGUAACUACAUUUUUAGCUGCCAGUACACACGAUGAUAAAAGUUUGGAUGAAGCUAUAGACAUGAGAUAUGACUGUUAAAUCAUUUUUUUCGUCUUUUCCCUGCCCUUAGUAGGGGAACUGCUACAGUUUUAAGGCAGCUAUGGUUCUGUUUAACUUGCCGAAGCUCCUGCCUAUAGAUCACUUGUAUCAAGUGUUUUUCAUUGCUAUGUUAUGUGUGUUAGUGUCUGGGAAAUAGUUUGCAGAUAAUGGAGGAGUUACCCUAAAACUAUGUCUUUAGAUCUCACAGCAACUCAUAGUUUGAGAUCAGAUGCUGAUGUAAAUGGUUUUAAUACAAGAUGACCUUUGGAAAGGAACAUAUUAACCUCAUUGUACCAGUUAAUGCUUUGUGCUCAAUUAAAGCUUCCGAUUAAAUGUAAGGAAGUGGUAUCUAGUCAGUCCAUCAAAGUUGUGCUAGUUUAUGAUGUGUGAAAGUAACUGCCAAAUACACUGCCAUAGGGAGUCAGUGUUGCUAGCAAAUCACAUCCCAUUCCUGUUGAAAGUACAGUAUUAACGGAGGACUGCAGUCUUUGAAUGACACAUCUUUUUUGAUCAUGAGCAUUGGUUAUCUAGAGCAUGGAACAGUACAAAUCAGUAAUUUAAUGGAAAGAGAAGUUGUCCCUCAUUGGAAUUGGCUAAGAAGUAACUGGGCAAUCAACUGGAAUCAGUUGUAAAGUGGCUGUCCCUCCAGAUCCUGCUCAAGUUUCUGUGUAAUCGCUUCAUUCACUUUUUCUAAACAGCCUGCAGGUGGAUGUGUGACUGGUAUAUUUUAUGCCCUGUGGCACUAACUCCAUUCAUCUUUGGCAUGUUGCUGUUCACUUCAUCAUGAGAGGGGAAACAACUGAUAAACAAAGAAGGGCCAAAUACCACAUAUGUAAACCCAUUGAUUUCAGUGGGAGUUGCUGCAAGUGGUAUCUGAGAAGAAUUUGACUCUAGGUUACAAAUAUAAAAAAUAAAUCUGGGCUGGGUUAAAAUCUUUGUCCAUUGGUGCCCCCCAAUACAUCCUGGUUUAUACAGCCUUUACCCACCAUUGGUUUCUCUUUUCUUCACUUAAAGAUAUAAAUGAGGUUAACACUGUAUUGUGAUGCACUUGGGAUCUAUUUACCCUAGGAAAAUAGCCCAUUGUUACUUGCUUCCCCUCAGUCAGGAAAGAGAACUGAUGGGUAAACAGGAUCAAGUUAUUUUCACUACUCAUUAGGUAAAGUAUGCAAGACAGCAUAUUCCACCAAGUGUUCAACUCACUCAUCUACAUUCAGUAUGCCCAACUGGUUGAUUUCCAGUUAAUCCCUGAAAAUAAGGAAAUAGUUUGAAGAAGGCUUUUUGCAUUUUGCACAACAUUACAGCAGUUUUAAGAUUUUUUUAUGCCAUUCUAAAGAAGUCAGACUUCCUCAUGAUGCAGAGAUAUCUCCUCUUUAAAUGGCACAGCACA